GAGAAGGUGAAGCAGUUGUUGGAGAAGCUCGCCAUUAUAAUCGAUCUCUUUUUAUUCUCAUUUCACUCCACCACUGGCUUUAUUUCACCUGUUGAGCUGAAGGACAGUAAGGCUCAAUCGACGUCACCUGAGUCCUGCUGAAGCUGAUGUUUCACUUCAUAGAGAUCAGUGGCAUUGAUUCAGUGCUGAUGCCAGUCAUGGGAAAUCCCCUUAAACUUUGAAAGGACACUACAACAAAGAUAUCGCUUUCAUCUUCUGACAACUGAUCUUUUUCACGAAUGUAUGACUUGACCUGAAGAAGGACAGACGCAGAAUAGCUGUGCAUUCAUGGAGGGAUUCUGGGACACUGCCUCAGAUCUCGUCUCCUGCACCAACCAGACCAACAGCACCAACUCCAGCACAACGGUGGGCGUCAUCCUGUUUCCUUAUUACCAGCAUUCACUGCCGACGGCCGCGCUGUUCACGCUGGCGUAUCUGUUCAUCUUCCUGCUGUGCCUGAUGGGAAACGGUCUGGUUUGUGUGAUAGUCCUGAGGAACCGGCACAUGAGAACCGUGACCAACAUCUUCAUCCUGAAUCUGGCCGUCAGCGACCUGCUGGUCGGGAUCUUUUGCAUUCCCACGACAUUAGUAGACAACCUCAUCACAGGAUGGCCUUUCAGCAACACAAUAUGCAAACUGAGUGGUCUGGUACAAGGAAUGUCAGUCUGUGCGUCUGUUUUCACAUUAGUUGCUAUUGCUGUGGACAGGUUUCGCUGCAUCGUUUACCCGUUCAAGCCCAAACUUACGCUCUUUGUCGCGAAGGUAUCGAUAGGAACGAUCUGGCUGCUCGCGCUCACCAUAAUGUUUCCCUCAGUGUUAAUGUUGACCGUUGAGCAAGAAAAAGAUCAUUUCAUGGUUCAUGGUGACAACCACAACCGCACGUACCCGCUGUACUCCUGCUACGAGACCUGGCCUGACCCAGAGAUGAGGAAGGUGUACACGACGGUCCUGUUCGUGCACAUAUACGUGAUUCCCCUGGCGCUCAUCAUGCUCAUGUACGGCCGCAUCGGGGCCAAGCUGUACACCACGGCGGUCCUGGCCAGCGCCGAGCAGCACGAUAUUCCUUCGCAGGAGAAAUGUCCUGUGUCUCAGAGAAAGAUUCGAGUGAUUAAGAUGCUGAUUGUGGUGGCCCUGCUGUUCAUGCUGUCCUGGCUGCCGCUGUGGACGCUCAUGCUGCUGACUGAUUACGCCCGUCCAGACGAGGACAGUCUGGAGCUUCUGACCAGCUAUGUUUUCCCUCUCUCUCACUGGCUGGCCUUCUCCAAUUCCAGCGUCAAUCCCAUUAUCUAUGGCUACUUCAAUGAGAACUUUAAGAGAGGCUUCCAGGCCGCGUGUCAACAGCAGGCAUGUUACCGCAGCCGAAAGAAGAGACGAUUCAGCAUUAAACAGCCCAGAGUUGGAAGUCACGGCUGUAGCCCGUUGAAUACGGCUGUUAGCGGCAAUCCACUCAGUCUGGGCACACGGACGAACCAGAUCUUCACCGAGAGCGACCUUACAGGCUGCGUUCGCCUGGAGCUCGAGCACAGGAGCGUGUCGAUGGACACCAAGGCUGAAGGAGGAAAUGGCGGCAUGUCUAUUAAAAGGGAAAUUCACUUUCAAGAGAUUGAGAAAGCAGGAGGUAAAAUAUAUAAUGCCUGGGAGCUUUGAAACCACAUCAGACUGAUGCAUCAGUUUGAUCGGCAGACAAUUAUUGGCCGUGUCUGUUGACUGACAUGACAGUGGAUUAAAAAACAGUCAACGUCUACAUUAAUCCAGAUACAUUCAAAAACGCAUCUUGGCCUUUGGCCUUCCAUCCACGCUGAAGCUAUUUUGCCGUAUUUAGGCUUUACAGGGUUAAUCGCUCAUUGCUGAAGGACAGAAUGUGCUGUCAGCGGUCAGCAGAUAGACAUGGCUGUGUCUGAUGGACUCAUGCAGCUGUAAAUCAUAUGAUUGCACAAAUCAAAGUCUGAAGAACCGUCCAUUUGGCUCAGGUCACGAUAAACUGAUUUAUUUUUUUACAAACAAGAGAAGAAUGACACCAAACAGCUUUAGCUGGAUGUUGGAGAAUCUCUCCGGCUGUCAGGAGCAGCACAGCUGGAGUCUGAAUAAAAGGGUGUAAAGUCAGCGGUGUAUUGCUGUCAAUCCUGCGAUUAAACCCUCC